CUGUGGUGGCGAGGGGCCGAGAGCUCAGUGUCCGGCACAGCUCGAGCGCCCCUGUUAGGACUGCUUCCAUAAAGACAUGACCACACAGUACAGUAUUCUCUUCAAGCAAGAGCAAGCUCACGAUGAUGCCAUUUGGUCAGUUGCCUGGGGAAAAAAUAAGAAAGAUGGUUCUGAAACAGUGAUCUCUGGUUCUUUGGAUGAUCUUGUGAAAGUCUGGAAGUGGAAUGAUGAAAAAUUGGAUCUCCAGUGGACUUUGGAGGGUCACCAGCUGGGUGUGGUAUCUGUGGAUAUCAGUCACACAGGCUCCAUUGCAGCAUCCAGCUCCCUUGAUGCCCACAUUCGCCUUUGGGAUUUAGAAACUGGAAAACAAAUCAAGUCCAUCGAUGCUGGUCCCGUUGAUGCUUGGUCCCUGGCUUUUUCACCUGAUUCACAGUACCUUGCAACAGGAAGUCAUGUGGGAAAAGUAAAUAUUUUUGGUGUUGAAACCGGAAAGAAAGAAUAUUCUCUGGACACCAGAGGGAAGUUCAUCCUUAGCAUUGCAUAUAGUCCAGAUGGAAAAUACUUAGCCAGUGGAGCGAUAGAUGGCAUUAUCAAUAUUUUUGAUAUUGCAACUGGAAAACUUCUGCAUACGCUGGAAGGUCAUGCGAUGCCUAUUCGUUCACUGACGUUUUCUCCAGAUUCUCAGUUACUUGUAACUGCUUCAGAUGAUGGCUAUAUCAAAAUCUACGAUGUGCAACAUGCAAACCUGGCUGGCACAUUAAGUGGUCAUGGAUCCUGGGUAUUAAAUGUAGCAUUUUGUCCUGAUGACACCCAUUUUGUUUCCAGUUCAUCUGAUAAAAGCGUUAAAGUUUGGGAUGCUGGAACAAGAACCUGUGUUCAUACGUUCUUUGACCACCAAGAUCAGGUUUGGGGAGUGAAAUACAAUGGAAGCGGGUCCAAAAUUGUGUCUGUUGGCGAUGACCAAGAAAUUCAUAUUUAUGACUGUCCUGUUUAAAUGUCUUCACUCAUUCCCUCUGGUUAACUUUUGUGGCAGUUUGGAACACUACUGUCCUGUGUCACUUUUUUAGUACAAUAAAAGCAUUUUCAUAUUGCUGAUGUGCAGAA